GCCGCAGCGGCCCGCAGACGGAGAGGGGGAGGGGUGGCGCGCGCGCCGGCGGGGCCGCGCGGGGAGAAAGACACUGGAAGGCGGCGGGGCGGAGAGAGGCGCGCGCGGGCCGCGGCCGAGCAGGAGGCUGCAAGGAGAGCCCGCGGGGGCCCUGGGAGUGCAGUUCCUCAGCCCCCGCAAAACAAUGUGUGGCGUGCUGCGGGGUGCAACUUGCCGGAGGCGGCGGGGGCGCGCCGAACCCGCCUGAGACCGCGCCGCUGACCUUCUCCCCCCGCCGUCCGUUGGGCCCGAGCGCCCAGCUUCUCGCUCCCCAGCUCGCGGGGGCCGGGCCGAGCUGCAGGGCGGGGCCGCCCCUCCGUCGCUGCUGCCUCCUCCCCCACCCCCAGCCGCUGAGGAUGCGGACGGCCCCCGGCGGCGUCUAGCGGCCCCGGGCCCAGGCGCGAUGGUGCAGCAGAGGGGCGCGAGGGCCAAGCGGGACGGCGGGCCGCCGCCCCCGGGGCCCGGGCCGGCCGAGGAGGGGGCGCGUGAGCCCGGCUGGUGCAAGACCCCGAGCGGCCACAUUAAGAGACCGAUGAACGCGUUCAUGGUGUGGUCGCAGCACGAACGGCGGAAGAUCAUGGACCAGUGGCCCGACAUGCACAACGCCGAGAUCUCCAAGCGCCUGGGCCGCCGCUGGCAGCUGCUGCAGGACUCGGAGAAGAUCCCGUUCGUGCGGGAGGCGGAGCGGCUGCGCCUCAAGCACAUGGCGGAUUACCCGGACUACAAGUACCGGCCGCGCAAAAAGAGCAAGGGGGCGCCCGCCAAGGCGCGGCCCCGCCCCCCCGGCGGCGGCGGCAGCCGGCUCAAGCCCGGGUCGCAGCUGCCUAGCCGCGGAGGCCGCCGAGCGGCUGGAGGGCCUUUGGGGGGCGGCGCGGCGGCGCCCGAGGACGAAGACGAGGACGACGACGAGGAGCUGCUGGAAGUGCGCCUGGUCGAGACCCCUGGGCGGGAGCUGUGGAGGAUGGUCCCGGCGGGGCGGGCCGCCCGGGGACAAGCGGAGCGUUCCCAGGGGCCGUCGGGCGAGGGGGCGGCUGUCACCGCCGCCUCCCCGACUCCGUCGGAGGACGAGGAGCCGGAGGAAGAGGAGGAGGAGGCGGCGGCGACGGAGGAAGGCGAAGAGGAGACGGUGGCGUCGGGGGAGGAGCCGCUGGGCUUUCUGUCCAGACUGCCCCCCGGUCCUGCCGGCCUGGACUGCAGCGCCCUGGACCGCGACCCAGACCUGCCUCCCGCCUCGGGCACGUCGCACUUCGAGUUCCCGGACUACUGCACCCCCGAGGUUACCGAGAUGAUCGCAGGGGACUGGCGCCCGUCUAGCAUCGCCGACCUGGUUUUCACCUACUGAGCCCACCGUCAGCGGGGCGCGCACGCCCCCUAAACCAGCUGUUUACAUACAGGAAUCAGGUAUUGGGGCCCCUCGGAGGCCGAGGCUGGCACCCCAUCUCCCGCACAGCCUCCCCCCUCCUAGACGUGCCCAACCCCCUUCAAAUCCAGACAUGCCCUUCCCCCGCAGACACACCCCAAGGCAGCCCAACCCCCACCCUUUCUCCGACAUCCAAGCCCCUCCCCAUCUUACCCCCUCCCGCACAGCCACCAGCAGCCAGCCCCCCCUCCGAUACACCUCCCGUCCUCUCCAAGAGACCUGUACCCCUCCCCCAUUUUGCACACGCCCUUCCUCACGGCCGGAGGACACGCCCCUGCCCUUGCUCCGGACUCCCUCCGCCUUAGCCUGGCCCGCCUCCUGUCUUGUUUGGGGGGGCGCUGCAGCUGGGCGGCCCCGCGCCCUCCUCCCUUGCCCCUCCCUCCCAGGGAGGGGGAGGGGCCCGUUCCUUUUCCCCGGGAACACUGGGAUCCGCCCCCUUCUCGCGCAUGCUUAAUGCUUCUUGGGAGGAGGGAGCUGGUCCCAGUCGAACCUCACGCCCCUGUCAGAUCCAGGAAGAAGGGGGGCGGAUAUAGAGCGAUCCUGAGAAAUCUUUUGAUCCAGGAGCCACGGCUUCCGUUCAACCCGACGGGGCGUCACUGCCUUAAAUGGGAGGAGCACUCGGAAGGGGGAGAAAGAGACUAGCCGGCCCGGAAGGGUUGGUGUGGAGCUUGGAACUCCCAAGUGGCAUAGCCCCUUUCCCUUACGGGGUCGCCCAACCCACGUGCACCCACCUCUCACCGACUGCAUGACUGCCUCUACAGCUUGUUUUGGUUCCAAGAAGCCUACCUUUCUUUCCCCCACCUGGGAAUUGGGGGCAGGGUCUUUCUCUGGAAAUCCUUCAGGAGAGAAAAAGAAAACUCAGAACCAAGACACGUAACAGUUUGUUUGGGGACAGGGUCCUUAUGCUUCACACGCCCCCCCCCCCCCCCCCCGCCAAGUGCCCUUAUCACCUCAGGGCACACUCUCAGCCUGGGCUCCUUCCUAAGCCCACCGCCCCUUCCUGUCAUCCAGGUCCCUCUGCCUACAGUAUUCAGUGGGAGAAACAGACACGUUGGUACUAGGGGGUUGAGACUGAGGCGUAAUAGCAGAUGAAGUGGCACUUUUCAGCAGCUGGCUUCAGAGAGACCAUCGACUGGGCCAGUGAGACUGAAGGGAGGGUCAGAGUAGUCUUGGGCCGUUUGCGCCUAGCGCUGCUGCAUCCAGUUCGGGUGCCCUCGGAAACCCUGCCCCUGAUGCUGUUACCCCUCUUACUCCAGCUCCCCGCUCAAGCCCCGCCCCUCCGGCCUCCCCACGCCCCAUUUGCCCUCACUACCUGUAUCUCACCGGCGUGUGUUCACCCUCCUGGGUGUGCACACACUCUCAUUCACACACACAAAUCUCAGGAACAAACGGUCCCAGAGUCCUCCGGGACCCCUGCCCAGGGUCUCUGCAGGUCUCUGCCCCACGCGUUCCCGUCGCUGACAAAGCCACCAGCUGCCUCCUUUAAGCUUGGUGCUCCGGCUCUGGGCCUUUUUGCGCGCGCUCUCUUUCUCUCUUUUUCUCUCUCUCUCUUUCUUUCUUUUUUUUUUUUUUUUUUUUAAGAAAAACAACAACAAAAAAGACAAUGAAAAAUCCCAGAAAACGUCAUGUGAGUGAAGAGAUGUCACUGUCUGUGGUCUUGGAGAACUAGUCUCAUAGCUGAGGGGAGGGGGCACGGGCACCCACAGCAGGACUUCUGCCAGGACUGAAUAAAGUGUAUUUGCCCCAUCUC